GCGCUCUAUGGUCCAUGAGGGAGCCCGACGUGUGGAGAAGAUCAGCGCUUCGUCCUCGCCCUACUGGGCUUUUAGAGCUGUGGCGACAAUGACGGGGAGACGCUCUAGCUAACUUCCUUCUAUGGCGCCAGACCGCAAAAGCUGUCUGUCUGCGUCUACCAUAGAGUUGCUCGGGGAGAGAGCGGGCUGGGCUGCACAAAGAGGAAGGGAGAGGAUUAGCCAAGUGUUCUGCCCUGCCGGUGCAGGCAGGAGGGGAAUCAUCGAGAGGAUGUGCAGAGCGGGGAGUGAGAAGAUAUAAGAAGCCAGUGAUGAUGGCUCACGCCUGGCACUCGGAGCCUGGAAGGUUGCAAAAGAAACCCACCAGGAGGAGAAGAGGAAGUCAGAGGACAAAAUACUGAAGGCAUUGAAGUUUCCCAACCUGCGCCAAACAUCCUUUGAGCUUUCUGCUGGGCAGACUUGGCUACCAUCUCUAGUUGUUGUUGUUGUUUUUGUUAAAAUUGAAUAUUAGGUAUUUCCAAUCCACCUCUUACUAAUUUCUUCAGAAGAAGAAUAGGUUUUAUCCUUGUUUGCUUUCCUUCAGAAGGUAAUGGUGCCAUUUUCUUGGUGCGUUUUUAACAGAAGCUGUACCUACUUUGUGUUAUGGUGCAAGGCCACACUGAAGAGUGAAAAGCAAUGAGCAGAGGAGCAAUAGCAACAGAGCCUGUGGGAGAAGACAAGAUGAAUGCUCUUUGCCAGGAGCUGUUGCUCCCUGGCCCAGCAGUUGCAGGGAAUGAGGACAACCAUGGGAUCCCCAGUGAGAACCUAGCAGUGGGACAGAGCUUGCUCUUAACAGAGGCUUCUGUGGUAGGAACAGAAACAGCUGGUGUUGAAAUAUUUGUAGAAGCCAUGGCUGGCACCAUGUCCCUCAGCAAUCCUGGCAACACUACAGAGGUCUUGGUCAAAGUGGUGGAACUCUAUUUCUGUGAACGAUGUGGGCAGAGCUUCUCUGAUCCCAGCCUGCUUUCCGAGCAUGAAUGCGUGGAGCUUUCCAGAGGACAACUCACAAGUCUCCCUCAGCUCCAGGAGCUAUCACUAGACCUUACUAGUUCAGACCUAGCCGGACCUGAAGAGCAACCAAAUGACCACCAGGCACCGGUGCAGAACGUGCUGGAUGGAAGCAGGCAGGCCCCCGAAUUCUGCACCGAGCUCCUCCUUUGCCCCAUUUGCCAGGGGGAGUUUGCCCUGCCGACUGCGCUGAAGGAGCACUUCAAGGACCACCACAAACCCCAGGGGCCCCAAGUCUGCCCUGAGGAGGGCUGUCACUUCAGCUCAAGGGAUCGCAAGCAGCUCCGGGGCCACUUGCGGCGGGUCCACCAGGUGUCUCCAGUAGCCUGUACCUACCGCGGCUGCCCGGUCUUGUUCCGAAGCCAAGAAGACAUGGAGCUUCACCACAGAAGCCACUUCCCAUUCCACUGUAGCCGUUGCGACUUCAUCAGCGCCAACACCAAGCAGUUUGGGCAGCACAGGCGCAGCCACCUGCAGGAGGCCACACAGCAGCAGGAAGCGGUGCUGCAGGCAGGAGCGGAUGCUGAGAGCGCUGAGCACACCUUCGCCACCAUAAUGAGAAAGGGACGGACUGAUCAUCUCCUUCUGAACACAGGAGGGGCAGAAGUUCUGUGCAAAGCAGAGAAUUCUCUCAAAGUUCAGAGUGGCUGGGAGGUGACUGAAAUGGAGCCUGACCUGGGAGUGCACGUUGGUAGCAAUGCUGGGCCUCCCGAAGACCUAGGAACAUUGGCCAAAGAUGACAACUCUGGCAAUGGAGGGGACCAAUUAUUGGAUGAGGAGGAAGAAGAGGAGGAGGAGGAGGAGGAGGGCUUUGGCAAGGGAGCAUCUUCCAAAACAACAAACACCCUGCUGCUCAAAGGAGAUGUGGCCGAGAACUCCAAAUGCCUGUUCAAGACCCACAUGUGUCCAGAGUGCAAGCGUUGCUUCAAGAAGCGGACUCACCUGGUGGAACACCUUCACCUACACUUCCCAGACCCCAGGCUGCAGUGCCCAAACUGCCAGAAGUUCUUCACCAGCAAGAGUAAGCUGAAGAUCCACAUGAUGCGUGAGACGGGGGAGAAGGCCCACCGCUGUCCACUCUGCCACUACAGUUCCGUUGAGAAGAACGCCCUCAACAGGCACAUGGCCAGCAUGCACGAGAACAUCUCCAAUUUCUAUUCUGAUGUCUACUCCUGUCCUGUGUGCAAGGAGACGUUUAAGCUCAGCCAUGCCCUCAAGGAGCAUCUGAAGAGCCACAAGGACGAGCCCAAGCAACUGAGCUGCUUCCAGGCAGGCUGCAGCUACUGCACUGAGGACCGCAAGGAGUUCCAGCGGCAUGUCAGGGAGGCGCAUGGCAUUAAAGCCGUGGAGUGCAAGUACUAUGCCUGCUCCCUGCUCUUCCCCACCACCGAGGUCAUGGAGGCACACCGUAAAACACACUAUGCCUUCCACUGCCAGCAGUGUGACUUCAUCUGUUCCAAUAAGCACAUCUUCCGUAAGCAUAAGAAGCAAGGCCAUCCGGGAAGCGAACAGCUCCAGUGCAGCUUCUGCCCCUUUGCCACAUUUAACUCCGUGGAAUUCCAUGACCAUGUUGGCAAGAUGCAUGCCAGUGAGAAGAUACACAAAUGCACUGAAUGCAACUUCGCCACUGCGCAUAAGAGGGUCCUCAUCCGCCACAUGCUGCUCCACACAGGAGAGAAGCCUCACAAAUGCCAGAUGUGCGACUUCACUUGCCGAGAUGUGAGCUACCUUUCCAAACAUAUGCUGACCCACUCUGAUGAUAAGAACUACAUGUGCACGGAUUGUGGCUAUGUGACAAAGUGGAAGCACUACCUGAACGUUCACAUGCGGAAGCACACAGGAGAUCUCAGGUACCAAUGCAGCCAGUGCCCCUAUCGCUGCCACCGGGCUGACCAGCUGAGCAGCCACAAGCUGCGCCACCAGGGCAAGUCCCUGAUCUGCGAGGUGUGUGGCUUUGCCUGCAAGCGCAAGUACGAGCUGCAGAAGCACAUGCAGGCCAAGCAUUCCCAGGACUACCAGAUGCCCGUCUUCCAGUGCCAGUACUGCAGCUACCAGACCCAAUACAAGCAGGCCCUGCUGAACCAUGAGAACUGCAAGCACACCAAGCAGAGGGAGUUCCGCUGUGCCCUGUGCCCUUACCGGACCUUCAGCAACACCAGCCUCUUCUUCCACAAGCGCAAGGCCCACGGCUACGUGCCGGGGGACAAGGGCUGGCAGGAGAACUACGCCAGCAGGGAGCUGGAGGCCAGCUCCACCGAGGUGCUGCUCAGCUAUAACCUUGCCGUGGCCCUGCAUGCCGACUCUGGUCCCUCCCUGCCAGGGAGAGAGCCGUGGCAUGGCAAAGCCAAGCCCCUUCUUUCGGAGGCCCAGGGGGGGAGUUGCCACCAGGAGGCGCUUGGCGUGCCUCUCCUUGGGAAUGAAGGCCACACUGAGAGGGUGGAGGAAGAAGACGUGGGAGGACAAGGCCACUGCAAGGCAGAUGCGGCCCCUUCAGAAGAACUUUCCAUGGAAGCACCUUCGGAGAGCUCGGGGGAACCGGACGGUGCCAGCAAACCGGUUCCGAGUUGCACCCUGAUCUUGGAGCCCCUGUGUGACUCGGACUCCGCUCUGGAGCAGCUGGCCAGGGAGAUGCCCACAGCUCUGCCAGAGAAUGGGGAGGAUCUGAACUGCAGGGGAGCGGAACCGGCCUAUGAAGUGUUAGGCUCCAGGGAUUCCAUCAUCCUGGAGAAUGGCGAGCCUGCCCUCGAAGAUAUCCCUGACUUCGUGGAGGAGGAGGAGGAGGAGGAGGAAGAGGAGGAGGUGGUUGAGAUCUCUGGGGAUGGAGGGUUGGAGCUGGAGAAAGACGCUGGUUCUGGUGCCGGGGAGAAUAGUGGAGAAAAAGUUGCUCUGCAGGAUGUGGCGGAUCGGAAGGCUGAUGAGCAGGGCUUGGAGCUUUGGCAGGCGCCGCCCAGCCCAGAGCAGGGAGAGGGGUGUAGACAGUUGAGUGUACAAGAGGCUUGGUUACAGCCAGACUCUUUCCAACCUGAUUCCAGCCGCGAGGCUUCCCUCACUCCAGAAGAUGCACUUCUCCCUUCCAAAGAGGGUUCCCAGUCAGAGUUGGUGCUUAAAGCUUUAAGGAGGCAGGACAAGGAGCAAGCAGAAACCCUGGUCCUGGAAGGGAGGGUGCAGAUGUUGGUGGUUCAGUCUGAGAGCCGGGUCUUCAAGUGUGAAAAAUGCUCCUACAUCACCAGGAAGGAGAAGUCCAUGUUGGUGCACUGCAAAGCUGGCUGCCAGAGCAAGAAAUGCCCCUUGACAUGCCACGAGUGUGGAGCCAUCUUCAAGCAGCAGAGAGGGCUGAACACCCAUCUCCUGAAGAAGUGCCCAGUCCUCAUGAAGAAGAACAGUGCAAAAACAGUCUGCGUAGACCGGACUGCUGCUGUGCAGCCCAGCAGCACGAGCCUGAAAAUGACCGAGGCAGACACAAACAGAGCCUCGGAGGAGGCAGAGGUGAACACACUGCAAGACGCUUCUUGGAGAGGAGAAGUGACGCAGCCCUCGGCUGCCCAUCUGCACGCUAAGCCAUCUCCGGAUGUCCCUGAAACUGUGGCGGAAGAACCUUUGUCGGACACGGCGGCCAGUCCUGCCAGCGGCCACACGGAUCGCUACUACCUGGAGCAGGGCAAAUUCCGCUGCAAAGGCUGCGCCUUCGUCUGCUCACGCCUAUCCACCAUCCGCUCCCACGUGGAGGACGGCUGCCGCGGCUUGGAGCAGUUCUGCUGUCCCGUGUGCUCGAAGCCCUUCCGCUCUAAGAGGGCCCUCAAGAUCCACCAGUCAGAGGGACACGUGGAAGCUCCUGCCCCGAGGCCGCUUGAAGGGUCCAGCGUCCCCAGGGCCCCGGAGGAAGGCGACGGACGAAUCAGCUGCGAGGAGACGGGCCGGACUGACGAGCUGGCGGGGGCCACGCCUCCCCCUCCAGGCCCCCCGCGCAAGAGGCGGCGCUUCUCCUGCCCCACCUGCCCUUUCACGUGCCACCAGGAGCGCGCCCUGAAGACCCACAAGAAGCGGGGCUGCCUGAAGCUGGGCGAGUUCCGCUGCACGCUCUGCCCCUUCACCUCCAAGGCCGCGGCGGCCCUCCGGCUCCACCGCCAGCACCACUGGAAGUACUGCAGCGCCCGGCCCCAGCUGGCCUGCCGCCAGUGCGACUUCACCUGCAAGCAGGACCGCUGCCUGCGGCAGCACGUCCGCAUCAAGCACGACGGCGUGAAGCCCCACAAGUGCCCGUACUGCGCCUUCAGCACCACCCGGCGCUACCGGCUGGACGCCCACCAGUCCUUGCACACGGGCGUGGGCCGCAUCGCCUGCCCGGCCUGCGGCCAGACCUUUGGCACCAACUCCAAGCUGCGCAUCCACCGCCUGCGGGUCCACGAGAAGAAGCCCACCCACUUCUGUCCGCUCUGCGACUACAGCGGCUACAUUCAGAACGACAUCACCCGCCACGUCAACAGCUGCCACCGAGGGGAGCUGAACUUCGCGUGCUCGCACUGCGAGGCCCGCUUCAGCUCGGAAACGGCCCUCAAGCAGCACGUGCUGCGGCAGCACGAGGAGAAGGUCUCCUACGGUUGCCCUCGCUGUGCCUUCGUGUGCCACAGCGAGGCUACCCUCAAGUGCCACGCCCAGAAGCAGCAUCCGCACCUGGAGUGCGCGACCUGCAAGGAGACUCUGGCCACCCGCGAGGAGCUGGAGGAGCACAAGAAGCUGCACUUCAGCCAUCGUUGCCACCUCUGCAGCUUCGCAGCCAAGGAGCGGCAGCAGCUGGUGAGCCACUACGUGGAGGCCCACGAGUCCUCCGGGACCGAGGAGCGGCCCCUGCGGUGCUCCUUCUGUGACUUCGGCUGCCAUCACCAGCUGGUCUUUGACCACCACAUGAAGGGCCACGGCGGCACUCGCGUCUACAAGUGCUCCGACUGCAAGUACACCACCAAGAACAAGCAGAAGAUCACCUGGCACAUCCGCAUCCAUACAGGGGAAAAGCCUUACAAGUGCCACCAGUGCCAGUAUGCCUGCGCUGACCCUUCCCGCCUCAAGUAUCACAUGCGCAUCCACAAGGAGGAGAGGAAGUACCUCUGCCCAGAAUGUGGCUACAAGUGCAAGUGGGUGAAUCAGCUGAAGUACCACAUGACGAAGCAUACAGGGGUCAAGCCAUACCAGUGUGAUGAGUGCGACUACUGCACCAACCGUGCCGAUGCCCUGCGCAUCCACAAGGAGACCCGCCAUCGCGAGGCCCGCUCUUUUAUCUGUGAGCAGUGUGGGAAGGCCUUCAAGACCCGCUUCCUCCUCAAGACGCACCUGAAGAAGCACAGCGAGGAGAAGCCCUACGUCUGCAACGUCUGCUACCGUGGCUUCCGGUGGGCGGCUGGCUUGCGGCAUCACUAUCUUACGCACACCAACGCGCACCCCUUCUUCUGCCGCUACUGCAGCUACAAGGCCAAGCAGAAGUUCCAAGUGAUCAAGCAUUUGCAAAGGCACCACCCUGAGCAGAGUGGAACAGAGGGGGACCUCAGCCAAGGGGUGGGCAAGGACCCCAGUACGCUGACUGUCCAUCUGCAUGAUGUUCAGCUUGAGAUUUCCCCCUCCAAGCACCCAGGAGAAGGUGAGGCACAGGUGUCACCCCAUGGCUAAGCCAAGGAGGGGGGCGGGAAUGGACUUCGGAGUCAAGACUACUUUGCUUUGGCUUCCUUGAGCUAGAGGUGGAUUGAUGCCUUAGACCUGGCACCACGUGGCCGUCCUGUCCCAGUUGUUUCAAGCCCACUGGGGCAAACACGGGCCCUUCUAGGUCAAGUGAAUGCACUUGCGUAUGUUUAUAGUCAUAUCUGUAUAUGGAGUGUAAAAUAUGUGGCUGUAUAAAAAGGGUCUCCAGACUUGUUUGCAAUUUU